GGAAAUUAUAAAUUGUCCUGCGCGGCAGGAAUCCACGGCGAAAGAAAACCCAGCAUACAACACGAAAACAAAAUAUAGAAGGAAGGGGGAUGAGCCGAAAAUUGACCGAGACAACCGUCUUGGAGACAGGCGAGAAGAUUCUUCCUGGAAGCGUAAGACCCGAUGGAACGGUGCGCAAAGAGCGCAGGAUCCGUGCUGGAUAUACACCACAGGAUGAACAGCCGGUUUACCAGUCGCGCGGUAUGCUGGCCAAGCAAAAUGUCCCAACGUGCCCGGGCAUGGAUGAACUCGAGGUCGCGGUGCUGAAGCAGCAGGCGGCGAAGGGAAAGAAGCCAUCCAGUGCAGCGAGCCUAGCUCCUAAGCCCAAGCCCACGGCAAACACAUCAACGGGCUCCAAAGACGCAACAGUCGUUUCUUCGGUGUCGAAAGGCGCUACCCGCCCCGCACAGGCAGCCUCAGCCUCAGCCCCGGAGGCAGCGGCAGCUGCAGUAUCAGCCCCGUCGGAACCCGAGGACCCUAGGGCGGCGCUGGAGAAGCAAAUCCGCAACCUGAAGAAGAAGAUCCGACAGUGCAGCGAUCUGGCUGAGAAGCAGCAGUCGGGGAGCCAGUUGGACAAGGACCAGGAGGAGAAGCUGGCCAAGAGUGUGGUGUGCACCUCGCUCGCUGUCGUUCACUGCUCCUACACCGAUGUGGACCGUGUGCUGUGCAUGCACGGCACGCCACAUGUACUACCGCUAGCAAGGCCAGAGAACCCUUGGGCUAAUGCUCCACCUCCUCGCAAUAACUUCUCGGAGGGUGUGAGACCAUAUCCUCCCGCAUUAUGCUUGCUGGCUCUAUCAACGAACGGUACGCAGGCAGGAAGAGGCGGCAGUCCUCUUCCCAAUCCUUCUGGCUCACCACUGGAUACACUGCCGGAUGAGAUUCUUAUUCAGAUAUUUGGUCACCUGGCGGUGGUGGGCGGCAUCUGGGAGGACGAUGACCCGCUACGGCUGAGCACCUUGCCGUACCGCCAAUCGGACAUGGAGAUAAUGCCGUGUACGGGACUGCGGGGCUACCCCUUCCUGGCGCAGCAAUUUUUCGGGCAGCGUGUGUGUAUUGACCUGGGCCAGGAACUGGUCACCUUCAUCCACACACCCUUGAGGUGGAGCAACCAGCGACCCACUGCGGCCGAGUACCAAGCGGCCUUCCAGAAGACAACACUCAGCGCGAGCAAGGUCCUCCACUUCCUGACCGGGGUGUCGCCCCACGUGCGGAGCCUGGUGGUGGCGAACACGGAGGGAUUCGACGGGGACGACGGCGAGUACGUCAGCCUGGCGGACAAACACAACUUCGGACCGGCACAUCUGGGCUUUGCACUGGCACUGCUCCGAAACACACUCGCGGAGUUGGUUAUAUACCGUUGUAACGACCUUCUGCUGUCCGGUGACAGCGGUUUGUGGAGUCUGAGCUCGCAGUUACCCCGACUGCGGAUUCUGGCGGUGGAGGGGUUGCGGGGGCUGCUGACGGAGGGGCAGGUGGCGGAACUGGGGGGCCUGAAGCAGUUGGAGGCUCUGGUCCUGACGGGCGAGGAGUACCGCAGUGACUUUGCGGUGGGGCUGGAGGGUAUACCGGCGGCCUGGAGCAAACUGACUGCCCUGACCAGGCAGCAGAAGCGGCGGGCAAGGAGGGCACACGCGAGGCAGAGAGGUAGCAAGGUUAACCUGGCUCUCGGCCACAUCCCCCCGGACCCCAACCCCAGUGACGCCGAGAUCGCCGCCGCCGCGCUGUCCGGUCAGCUGCCCGCCCGCCGCGCCCUGCCCGACCUGCAGCCCCUGGCCCCCUGCCUGACCUCCCUCUCGCUCUCCAACAACCGCUUCACUCAGCUGCCCGAGUGGCUGCACCGCCUCACCCGGCUAGAGCAUCUGGAUGUGGCUUACAACAAAUACCUGCAGCUCCGCACCCCCCUCAGCGGCCUGGCCGCCCUCCCGCACAUCCGCCUGCUGGACUUUCGGUCUGUCCACGUGGGUAAGGACAAGAGCUACUGGUGCGAGGCGAAGUGCACCACCAUGCACCACCUCUCCAAGCUGGCCAAGGCGCUCAAGAGGAGGAGCCCGCAACCCAGACUGCUCAUUGACAUUUGA